UCGUAGUAUUACUCAGUCUACGUGUUCGUGGACGAUGAAGUCGAUUCCAGAGAGUUACCGGGAAUCCCAGGAAAAUUUCUUCGGCAGACGCGGGUUAUCCUGACAUAUCAGUGUAGUAGUAAAGAAAGAAGAAGGUGCCAACGAUUCAGUGCCAAAAGGUGGCUCAUCAUUCGACGACGAAGAUAACGAUAUCGAUUCGAGCGAACAAGAGGAAAAGCGCUCAUUGGAAAAGCGAUACUCGAACCCUCAAGCGGGAAAGUCAGCAUGUGAUCGUUAUGCAGCUGUCAUUAAAGGAAACAUUCGGCGUUAUUUAAACGGAAAGCAUAACGUAACGAACGCGGCUGAAUUUGUCGAAGCCUGUCACUCGUACAAUGGAGUGAAAGGCGUACAAGCAUUUGAAUGUCACCUGUUGCGAAGCGAGAAAGAAUCGACUGCGACUUUCCCGAAAAUUACUUCCGUCAAUAAUUUCCGUUUCGAAAAGAACGGCAUUCGUGUGCACCGAACCUGGAAAGUUGGCGGUGGAAAGUUAAUUCCAUGGAAAGAUUUGAAAUGGACCAAUAUACUCGAUGAGCUGGUCUUUCGAACUAUCAAUACAACAUCACACAUCUGGGUUUACCGUGCAAAACGUGAAACCAAAAAGGAAUCCGCAAAGGCGAUAUCCUCAGUUACUAAGUGUCUCCUGUCUGCAAAUGUCUUGAUUGACGGCCCGUAG